ACUGAUUUGAGGUUCUGGGAGGUUAAAGGACUCAUGAGGAUAAAUUUGCAGGAUGGCGUCUAACGAUGAAGCCAACGCACCGAGGAGAUACAAGCCAAAGCGCAAAAUCUCUGAGCUAGACGAGAGCGCUGCUAAACGGAGAAGAAUUCAAACUUGUCGGGCCCAACGAGCGUUUCGACAGCGCAACAAAGACGCCAUAGCCUCGUUGACCUCCGAAGUCAACGAGCUCCAACAAAGUAUUGAGACCUUGAACACAUGUUUUUUAACGUUUACGGACGACUUGGUUGCAUCUGGACUGCUUAAAUGCGACGAGAACUUGGCAAAAUCGCUCCAAAGAACGAUUGAGCGGUUCGUCUCUGUUGCUCGAGAGUCUCAUAAUCGUAGCGAAAACAGUGCUUGCACCAAGGAUGAAAACACAAUGACAUCGGAGACAAGGUCUCCACUUGCUGGGAAAUGCGACGGUAAAAUCACAUUUGAGACCCAAAAAGGGUCGACGACGACCACGUUUAGCUCCGUAGGGAUUUUCAACCAGACACACGAUGCAGUCUCUUUAUCUAGUAAGCUUUAUAAAGCUACAGCUGUCGAAGACGGCAAAAUCGUGACUCCAACCGCGCAAAAUGUAAUCAACUCGACUGCAAAUAAACCUUUUACAAGUUUUCAGAACGGACCGGACGAACGCAUGCCGUUAUUCCAGGAUUCGUUCAGCUACUUGACGCGAACUCCAGCCAGCAUCGGGGUGUUGAAGCUGAAUUUCGCACAAAGAUUACAGAUGGAGACACUCAGCGCCGGGCUUAGACUUCUAGAUUCUGCUCGAGAAGGCUCACUUAUUUUCCGUCGGGUAUUCAAUUGCGUUCUUGACAGUUCAACUCGGGAACUUUUCCGAAACAGUCUUCAAAACCAAUUGAACAAAACUUUUUAUGGCUCCUUCUCAGUGCCGUCAGAAAGAGAUGGGGAGAAUACGUGGAAUGGAGGAGAAUCAAAUGUUUGGAUAUAUUCGUCCGGUGUCGAUGUCUAUUUUCGAUCGAUGGGAAUAGAUCUUAACGUGACAGAGGAGCUUGUCGAAUUAGGGAUAACUCCGAGGAUUUCUCAGUACACUCGUUUUGCUACACAACGUACACCUCUGUAUGGUUCUGCUGCAUGUUAUGGUGAUGUGUUCACGGAACAACAACAAUACGACCAGCAAGAGGGCAAUCCAACGAACCUCUCAGACAUGGUGCAUCAGUAUCCAACCGAUCUUGACAACAGUGCUCGAGCCCAGUGCCGAAGUCCUCUCAAUAUCACCAGAGACCGUGGGGAGCGUUCUGUAUCUAUCAGCGUUCCGAGGCUGAUAAGCGAGAUUGUGGUGCAUGGUGCACGGUGCUACUACGAGGGUCCCGCUUUCAACAAGAAUAUCCUAAGCAUUGCCCUUGAGAAGUCUCUGGUCUUGGGCUAAUGAGUUGAUGUUAUCCAUCGUUAGCAGUUGCUGUUGAAGGAAUAUUAUAGAUUAUUGGAAUGCAUCCGCGCUGAUGCCCUUCA